AUGCUAACGAAACCUCUGAUACCCCGUCCUACUACGGGACUCUUGCCUCGUACCACAAAUCAUUUCUUUACUAGACCAUCCCGAAGUACCUUUCAGUUCCGUCUGGCUUCUUCAGUUCCUCCAAAGCAACAACCUCCAAGAAUUACCCGUGAACAAUAUGAAGAGAUCUCGUCCAGGAUCCGCGACGAGCGCACGCGCAAGGGUGUCCGGACAGCCGGCUAUUAUACCGCCAGUGUUAUUGUUCUUUUCCUUACUCUUUCUUACGCCGCAGUUCCUCUCUACCGUAUUGUAUGCCAACAAUCUGGGUUUUCUGGUGCACCUGUGAGUGCAGACAAGAACUUUUCUCCAGAAAAACUCAUUCCAGUUGAUUACAAACGACGUAUUCGAGUGUCCUUCUCUGGCAAUACAUCUACUACCAUGCCAUGGACUUUCACACCUCAGCAACGCGAAGUUCGUGUUCUUCCUGGUGAGACCGCUCUUGCCUUCUACAAAGCCCGCAACCCUACUGAUCAGGACAUUAUCGGCAUGGCUACCUACUCUGUGGUCCCUGAAAAGGCUGCUCCAUAUUUCAACAAGAUUCAGUGUUUCUGCUUUGAGGAACAAAAGCUUGCACCUGGAGAGGAGGUUGAUAUGCCUGUUUUCUUCUUUAUUGAUCCAGAUAUCGUCUCUGAUCCCCUUAUGCGUAACGUCGAUGACAUUAUUCUCAACUAUACUUUCUUCAAGGCUCGUUAUGAUGAGGAAGGUGUGCUUAUCCCUCUUCCCGGUGACAAAAGAGUUGGUGCGAUAAUCACCGAGUCUUAUUCUGCUCCUGAGCCAAAAGAAAAACCUAAGGAGAAUCCUCAGCCUAUGGUCUAA